AUGCUGGAGAGUAUCGCCAGUUCAAGAGUAUCAGUCAAUAAGCAAAUACAUCUUUGGCCAGGAGGCAUUGUUCCUUACGUUUUUGACUCUGGGUUAAGUACGUUGACUCAGUUUUUCUUAGCCCUUGUAGCUGGCAGGAUUGUUUUUGUGCGUGUGAGAGUUUUGGAAGCUUUGCCGUGAGAAAACUCCGCACUGCUUUGCUGCUCCUCUGCCACUCGCGCUAAGAAUCCCGCCGGCCACGCAGGCUAAGUUGUUCUUAAACUAAGGGACUUGUCAGAAAUAAGUAGUGGGGGAGGGGGGUGGAAACAGAAGGAGGGUCACAACUUUUUGAGACUGCAGAAAAGGGAGGGGUCAUGAAAAAUGGGCCGUUAAAAGGGGGAGGGUCAUGCAGAUAUGUGUCCGUGAUCAUGUAGAGGCUCACCCACAGAAGAAAAAAGAAGUCCUUUAUUCUGUAAAAAAAAACCUGGGAGAACUUAGGAGAGUCGAGUGAUCAGCUGUCAGAAUCAGAGUCGGACUCUUAAUGCUGUCAUCUAAAAUGUAUGUAUAUGGCAUUACAAAGAACGGAUUAGAAAUAUAUUUUGAGCUUUCAUAAUACUGACUCACCCUAGUGUAUUGUAAGAACUAAAUUUUAUCAUUUAUACAAGAGGGGGAGGGUCAUGAUAUUUUAGGCCAAGGUCAAGGGGAAGGUUAGCAAAUUUCACUCGCAUUGCAGGGAUUGGUCACCUCAUUUCCGAACCCAAAUUUAAAAUUCCCACCCCCCCCCCCCCCCCCCCCCCCCUCCCCCACCAAUCCCUACACCCCACCCACCGGAACCAAUAUUCCCCAAAAACUACCCACCCGAAUCACCCCCCUCCUCCUCUCUUGCUAAAAUUUUUUUCCGUGGCGUGAUUGUAGUCUGUGUGGAUAGUAAAUAAAACCCUUCGGUAAAGCACAUUUAUCUGAAUUUUAGAGAAGGGGGGGGGGGUCAGUAUAUUUGUGGCCAGGGGCAGGGGGAAUGUUAGAAAAUUCCAUUCGAAUUGCAGGGAUUGGCCCCCCCACUUCCAAACCAAAUUUAAAAUUCCCCACCCCCCCCCCUCCCCCCUGCUUAUUUCUGACAAGUCCCUAACCCUAGUUAGAAUAAUGUGUAGUAUCAGGAUCCUUGAAGAAUUUUUUCCUUGAAUAACGUUGGUAAAAAGAAACAUUUAUUCACUUGUUUUUUUAGAGUUUGUCCAAUAAAAAAUUAAAGAAUUUGGCGAGCUUGACUCGACGCGUUUGCGAUGGGUGUGAUCAAAACAAAACAUCGGAGAAGCUUGUAGUUUUACAAUUAGUUAAUAAUGGCGGAAAAUUUAAUGACAACUUCCUUAAUUUGUCGGUGAGGAAUCCUUUCUGAGAUAGACUGCCAUAUAUGUUCUGUAUUCAGCAUGAGUCAUUAGUAACCUUGCCACCUUCCUAAAAUAUUUUAUUUCGUUCGCAGCGAUGCUUGCAAGAACAGUGAUAACCAAGGCAAUGCAGGCCUUGAAAACUCUUUCGUGCGUUCGUUUCAUUCCUCGGGCAAGUGAAAAAUACUUCGUUAGGUUUAUACGAGGACAAGGGUAAGAACUGACGUAAUUAACUAUAUUUUUCAUAGGUUAUGGUCUCCAGUUUGCCAAUGGAUUCGACGCAGAUGUAGUGACCUUAUGGUUACGCUAUGUGUUCUAACCUGAAAACCAGCUUAAUCCACUGAGAUUCAAACAGGCUUUGACAUAUCCUGUUUGGUACAACAUGGAAUUAUUGAUCGCCUUAGACUAUUUUCUGGCUUAAUGUGAAUUUUUAUCGCGGAAAUUGAUCUUAAACUGAAAAACCGAAAAACUAGACUGGACAAAUCGGGAAUAAAUUAAAGUGCACACACACAAAAACGUUCUCUCUAAAUCAGGUGUACCCGCGGGUAUACCCAGUGGCAGACGUGACCAAUGACAGAGAGGAAAACUGAUCAUGCAUCGGGGGUCGUGUUUAGUCCUUUUUGGGCGCCUUCUCUGAAAGGCCGUUUCCGAGUUGUCCAAGCCUCUUUUUCAAAGCGAGGCUAAGUGCAAGGCAAUCGAUAUGGCAAUUAUUUCUUAUUCUCAUGCUCAUUUUUACAAGAAAGGUUUUGCAUUGGCCUUGCUUGUUUGGAAAGUGAGAAUCUUUGGAACUCGAAAUAUAGCCUAUUCACUUCUUUGCUUACACACCCCUGUGAACCUUAAGAGGGAGGCCGAGCGUUUAGAUGUACAGCAAGACUGAGGAUCACGAAAGCGCUUUAAAAAGAUAAGGCACUUUGGAAUGUUCAACGUGAAAAUCGCUUUUCAAGUUGAGUCUUCCCACGUGCCUUUGCGUUUCUGAAGCUUCUCCGCGAUCCCAUGCCCUGCAAACUGAAAAUUCCAAAUGACCCCCUGCCCUGCUACUACAGCCAAAAAUUCCCAGAAGCCCCUGUACCCAAGGCAGCCUUUUUUCUGCAUUUUCUACGUGUAUGCACGCAGCCGGGGCAAGAGUAAGUCAUUUAAAGGGCAGAUCCGGCAGUUUGGACGUUUUUGUCUCUUAAAAUUUAGCUCGGCUGAUCCAAAACGUAACUGGAAACAUGCAUGGGUAGAAGGACACUAAAAUUAAUGGACUUAAAAAAGAACACAAUGACGAAAAAACAAGGUCAGAGUCUACUUCAGCAUCCCAGUUUUUGACUCAAAUUAGUGGAGAGGGUAAAAAUAAGUAUACAAACCCCUUAAACCCCUUCCUUUUGAUCUUUAGAAAUCAUUAUAUGUUCUAGAUGCUAUUCCUGUGUUGGCCGGACCUUGGACUCCAAUGGUCAAGUUGUUUCCAUAGGAUAUGGAUGUGAACACGAGGCCAUUAUCCUACACGAGUUAAUGCACACUCUGGGCUUUUUUCACACAAGCUCACGACCGGACAGGGACGCCUAUGUCAUUAUAUAUUCAAAGAAUAUCAGACCUGGUAAGGAACAAUGUAUCAGUCAAUAAAGAGCCUCGCCCGUAAAUUCACUAUAAUAUAGUAGUGAGUGUCUGCCACGGCAUCAGGAAGAUAGAGACCUUCAAAUUGGGCUUCGAGUAUAGAUUAGAGACCCAUAGAUUCGAGGAUGAAACAUUCCCAUGGACAUCCUGGCCGGAAAGCUUCAUUUCACUUUUUUUCACCAGAAAACUUUACGGUUUCACGGUUAACUGGUAGCGUAUAAAAAUUCGUAUUUUUUUAAUAGAAAUGUUUAGGAAAGUCUGGAGAAGCCUGUGUGAUUUGCUGUCUAAUAUUUUGCAGAGACUGUAUGUUGAGUUUAUUUCAAUUCAACGAAAAUUAAAUCGACGAAAAUCAAUCCAAGUUAGAUGCAUUAAAUCUUAUUCCAAAGUGAUUGGUGAAUGCUUUUAACCUCCUAUGGAAUGUUUUUGGGGGAGCUAAGAACAUCUGUUGGACUAAUUGACUUUUGAAAUUGUACGUUCUGUAAGGAUUUGAGGGAAACUUUAGAAAGUACAGUCAUGGCCAAGUGGACCGUUUAGGGGCACCAUAUGACUACACAUCACUCAUGCAUCUGCCCCGUAAUAGCUGGAGCGUAAACGGAAGAAAUACAAUAGAGUCACGUGCCGGGCCCCACGUGGUGAUGGGUCAGCGAAAGGGCCUAUCGGUGGUGGACAGACAGCAACUUAAUCAGUUGUACAAAUGUAGCAAUAAUCGAGGUGGGUUGUCGUGUCGACCGUGGUGUGUCACACUGAACUAAUGAGAAUCAUUGUAGUCUAAGACACUGAACUUAUCAAAGCUCUGAAAGGGCUCUUCAAAGCCCAUUAUAGAGUACUAAAGUGUGACGUCAUAAAAAUGACAUUUCUGAAAUCAUGGGAUUUGUCAGGAUAUUCUGAAAGAACAAUGUCCAAGAGGCCUUCUUGCCAAAAAUGAGCAUUGUGGGGCAAAUUCUCUCCUAGAUCGUAACCCAGUUAUACUUAGAAAACUCCAUACAAACCCUUCUAAAUUUUUUUUCGAAGGGUUUGUAUGGAGUUUUGUGAGUAUAACCCGCUAACAUCUCAGAGAAAAUUUGCCCCGAAGUGCUCAUUUUUGGUAAGUAGGCCUCUUGGACAUUGUUCUUUCAGAAUAUCCUGACAAAUCCCAUAAUUUCAGAAAUUUCAUUUUUAUGACUGCCACGCAGGCUAAUGACGUCGUCACUUUAGUACUUUAUUUACCUUGAGCUUAGCUCGGGAACAUUCUUAAGGCACGUCAUUGUCACCAUAAUAAUCAUCAUGAUUAUCAUCACCACCGUUAUUACUAUGACUACCAUCAUCAAUACAGUUAUCAUCAUCAUCAUCAUCAAUUAAUUUGCGCAACGCCUUAGACUUUUUACCAGCUUUGUUCACAAUACGGACGCAGUUCUAAAUAUAUAUUUUAUUUAGCUGGGAUUGUAUAAUUCAAUAGCAAGAGUUUCUAAAAGCAGUUCUUCAUAGAAGCGAAGAUACUUCUUGUAUAUGCAACUUAAUUCGUCGUUCAGUACGGGAAGAUGACGUACUGCAACGAUACUACCAUCUUGUUUUUGAUUCCUUGUUGCUCAUAAAAAAGAAUGUUUUCUAAUUUAACUCUCAACUCCGUUUUAAUCAAAUGUCUUAGAUUGUAAAAACAUGAAAACAUAUUUCAACUAUUUAUGCGAACGUAUCUUUUUUCAAGGAUGUUACUCCGCUGUAGGUCUUGAAAAAGGCAAAAUAAGUGACUCGCAACUGCGUGCUAGCUCUUCUCAGCUCUACUUUGAGCCGCAUCAAGCUCGGCUACAUCUGAACGCGGGCCCGAAAGGGAAUGGUGCCUGGUGUACCGCAAGGAACGCAAUAGGAGAAUAUCUGCAGGUAAAAUGUAUGGGGAAUUUGAAUUCGCUUUGUUAAAGCAAAGAGGCACUAGCCUGUUCACAGACCCUAUAUUUUGUUUUUUGAUAUCGUUGCGCGCUCGUAUGGAAAUAAAAGCCGCGGGGGAUUUAUUGACCUCAAGCGCCAGAGGCCGGGUUGGUAUUUUCAAAAAAAAUUAUUAAAGAAAAACGUCUGUGGACAGGCUAGGGGGCAAAGUCUUCAACACCACUUUAAUCCACUCUAUUAUGGUUCAAUUAUAUAUAGACUCACCACCGGAUGUAUAUGCCGAUAAUGCUACUGCUUAUGCAAAGGCCUUUCAUUGUUUCGGGACAUCAAUAUGGCGGACGUGACGUCAUUUGAAAACGCUUUAUAAAGACCUGUAGAAAGUAAUGAGGUUCGUGGUGAAAUUUUCCUUAGAUUUGAAACAGGAGCGACUGAAAAAGAGUCUGAGAUAUGACAAAUCUUCGCCUCGAGUUUUUAAACCUGAUAAUACACUCCUGCUCGUUUUUUAAACAGUACCUACGGCCUGUUUCAAACGUCGUGCUACUGCCAUGUUAAGCUGGCUCGACUGCGGCACGACACUUGCACGACUUGGUUUCAGACAUCGAAUUUAAUUCAGUCGAAUAGAACGGCUGUUGCCGAAAAUAUAACACGAAGAUAAAGGAACGGAUUAACAAACUUUUAAUUACAUUCUAAUGUAUUUAUAAUUUAUUAAUUGAGUUCGGCACGGCGAUAGAAAGAUUUGGUUUCAAACGUCGCGCCGCUGCCGUGCUAAAGUCGAAUUCAAUUCGAUCAAUUGAUUUCGGCACGGCAAUAGCACGAAGUUUGAAACGGGCCUAACCCUCCCGGUUUAAACGUCCUGUACCACAGUACACUGCAGGAGAAAUUUACAUGAAUUUGAAGGACAAGAGAUGCCCUUCACUUUAUUUGAAUUUCUUGACAGAUUAACUUAGGCUCAAGGCAUAAGAUAACCGCCAUUGCCACACAAGGCGGCCCGAGAGGACUCUUUCUUCCGGCAGCCUGGGUAACAGGGUACAAAGUUCAAAGCAACAACAAUGGAAACAUUUAUAGUUGGGUCACAAACGUACAGGUCAGUGCAGUUGCGUACUUUUCCUCGAUGUCCAAUAGAGUUUCACCGUUUAUUUUCCAAAGGAUUUUUACUGGAUUUUUUUCCUACCAGCCACUUUGCCUGGGGAUUUUAUUAUGAGAUCAGAGGAGUGUCAGUUCUGUUUUUUGUUUGUUUCAGAUUUUCACAUUUAAGCGCAGCAGGAAUAGCUCAGUAGCGCUUGACUGUAAAGCGGAAGGUCGUGGGUACGAUUCCCGGGGCCGGACCAAUACUCAGGGUUUUAAAAUAACUUAGAAACUUGGCCCUGCAUGCGGCUAUACCUUCGGGUCGCUUGGAUGACCAAUUGAAAUGGCGGCCCCGUCUUCAGUUGGAGACGUAAAAUAGUGUCCUCAAUUAGUACUUUAGUGCGAAAUCGGAGACUCUCAAAUAAAGUGCAUAUAUUCUAUUUUACUGUUUUCUCAGAACUGUUCUGAAGUAUAAAUUAACUUUUUCCAUGAUCAAAAACGUCUUGCUGUUUGAGUCCACUUUUCUUCACCUACACGUAAGAGAAAGCUACCCAACCACCGGCCACCAAACCUCUAACCCUCGUUGCUUUGGAUUUGCUUCAGUUUUUAAGUGGAAAUUGGGACGCAAACUCGGUGCAGUACCACUCUCUUAAGGUGCCAUUCUGGGCCCUUUAUGUUCGAAUCGUUCCUACUCACUGGUAUAACCACAUAUGUCUACGAGUGGAGUUGUAUGGUUGCAAAUGA